UCUCCCCAGCUGUAUAGACCCACAGAGAGGGAGAGAGAGAGAGAGGAAGAGAGAGAGAGAGAGAGAGAGAGAGGGCUACCUCCUCCUACCCCUCCCCUCCUCCUCCUCCACCUCCUCUUCCAGCCCUCUCUAUCCUUCCUCCCCGACAGACGGAGCAGACCUCCGGGAAGGCAGCGUGGAUUUGAACUCUCCCUGUAUCUGUGAAUGGGAAUCAGCCUCACCGCGCAAGAGUGAUGGAGGCUCUGCCCUCGUAGUUACUGGAACUUACUCAUCAUCCGUAAAAAGAGGGAACUAACCGCGUGUAUCUGUUUGGGGUAUUUCCUUUUCUUUUUUUCUCUUUGGGAUCCGACCGGGGAUCAGGGUUGUUUUUUGGGGAGAGGACAGGUUGUUUCACCCCUGUCUCUCCACCUCACCGUCCCCCUGACUCACUACACCGUAACCUUUUUUUCUUCUUAUUUUUAUUUUUUAAUUGACACUUGGAUUCUGUGGAGAUUUCCUAAAAGAUCAGACAACAGCAGGAUUUGCGGGUGUCUGGCAGCAUGGAGCUGGUUUUGGUUGGAUGUAUUGGUGAUGGUUGGGAGGUGCUGAUGCUGAGGAGGACGGGAGGACUGUACCUGCUGCUGCUCUGCUGGCUGCUGGCUGCUCACACCACAGCGCAAGACUCAGACACCUCCUCAUCCUCCUCCUCCUCCUCCUCCUCGUACAGUCUCGGAGGUUUCGUAGACUUCACCUUCUCCCAGGAGCCUCAGGACACGGUGACGGUGCGAGGGGGCGUGCUGCAGCUCGACUGCCAGGCGCAGUCUGACGCCGUGGCUGGACCUCUCACCAUCACAUGGCGUAAGGACGGCGUGCUCCUGAGCACCGUGGUGGACGAGCGGCGGCAGCAGCUGAGUAACGGCUCGCUGCUGGUGCAGAAUGUGGUGCACUCGCGGCACCACCGGCCUGACGAGGGAGAAUAUCAGUGCCUCGCCACGCUGGACGGACUGGGGAGCAUCGUGAGUCGAAACGCCAAAGUGACGGUGGCUGGUCCGCUGAAGGUGGUCGUCCCUACAGAGUCUGUCUCCUCAUACCUGGGCGACACAGCCUUGCUGCGCUGUGAGGUGUCUGGCGACCCGACGCCCAUCAUCCGCUGGCAGAAGAACCGAGAGGACCUGCCGAUGAUCUUUGACCCUGACUCCCGCCUGGUGGUGCUGCCAUCCGGCUCGCUACAGGUCAGCCGUGUCCAGCCUCCGGACUCAGCCACAUACCGCUGUCUGGCCGACAACCCCGGCAGCACCAGGACGGGGACGGACGCCGAGCUCCGAGUGCUCCCAGAACCUGGGGUGAGCAGGAACCUCCAGUUCCUCCAGCGUCCAUCCAGAGUGAUGUCUCUGCUGGGAACCGACGCUGUGCUGGAAUGUGCUGCUUCAGGAUACCCAACUCCAAUCAUCCAGUGGAGGAGGGGAGAAGAACUGAUCCAGAGCUGGAAUAAGAAGUACUCCCUGUUGGCGGGCAGUAAUCUGAUCAUCAGGAGUGUCACUGAUGACGACUCUGGCAGCUACAGCUGUACAGCCGCCAACAAGAACCACAACAUCACUGCACACACAGGGCUGAGUGUGCUGGUGCCUCCUCAGUUUCUGAACUACCCAACCAACACGUACGCCUACGAGUCCACCGACAUCGAGCUGGAGUGUGCUGUGACAGGAAACCCACCACCGACGGUACGCUGGAUGAAGAAUGGAGAGGAAGUGAUACCCAGCGACUACUUCCAGAUAGUGGACGGCAGUAACCUGCAGAUUCUGGGUCUGGUGAAGUCAGAUGAAGGAUUUUAUCAGUGUGUCGCUGAAAACUCUGCCGGCAGCUCGCAGGCCAUGGCUCAGCUGGUGCUCCGAGAACCAGUGUCCCCAAGCCCAGGCGUUGUCCUCCCCUCUGCCCCCCGCGACCUGGUCCCUGUCCUAGUGUCCAGUCGAUUUGUCCGACUCAGCUGGCACCCCCCAGAGGAGAGUGGAGGCGUUGUGCAGACGUACGGCGUUUAUUACUCCCAGGAUGGAGUCGAGAGGGAGCGGUCAGUGAACGUGUCAGAGCCUGAGUCUUUGGAGCUGACAGUUUCCAACCUGAAACCAGAGGAGAGCUACAGCUUCAGAGUCAUCGCCUACAAUGACAUGGGACCCGGAGAGAGCUCCGCCCCCCUGAGGAUCACCACCAAACCUGACCUCCAGGUUCCCAGCAGGGUGGAGUCUCUCCGGGUGGAAGCUCUGUCUCCCACCUCUGUCCAGGUGAGCUGGGAGCCUCCCAUCCAACCGAAUGGCCCCGUGCUGAGCUACAGACUGUUGUGGACUGAGAGCCCAUCUGGCAAAGAGCAGAGUGUGGAGGUGAACGGACUCAACUACAAAAUGGAGGGACUCAAUAAGUUCACUGAGUACACAGUUCGGGUUUUGGCCGCAAACCGCUACGGACCGGGCACUGCCACAGAGACCGCCAGCGUCACCACCCAAUCUGAUGUGCCCAGUGCACCUCCUCAGAACAUCACCUUAGAGGUUGUCCUGUCCAGGAGCAUCAAGGUGUCAUGGCAGCCGCCUAUGCGUAGCGCCCAGAACGGCAUCAUCACUGCCUACAAGAUCAAAUACAGGAAGACCGGUCGGCGUGGAGACCAAGAGGCCAUUGAACCCAACAACUUCUGGUACCUGUUCACAGGUCUGGAGAAGGGCAGUCAAUAUAGUUUCCAGGUUGCAGCCAUGACGGCCAAUGGUACGGGUCCGGCCAGUGACUGGUACACUGCUGAGACGCCGGAGAAUGACCUGGAUGAGAGUCAGGUCCCGGACCAGCCCAGCUCUCUGCACGUCAGGCCGCUGCCCAACAGCAUCAUCAUGUCCUGGACUCCCCCCCUCAGUCCCAACAUCCUGGUCCGUGGUUACAUCAUCGGCUAUGGAGUGGGAAGUCCUUACGCUGAGACGGUCAGGGUGGACAGCAAGCAGAGAUACUACUCCAUCGAAAACCUCGAGCCAAGCUCGCACUAUGUGAUUUCCCUGAAGGCGUUUAAUAAUGCUGGAGAGGGAGUUCCUCUGUAUGAGAGUGCAGUCACUCGAUCUCUGACAGACCCCAUAGACCCAUCUGAGGAUGACCUCUUCCACCUCUUUGAUAAAUACCCCACUCCCAUGCCAGACACCAGCACUCCCAUGAUACCCCCUGUGGGGGUCCAGGCUGUGGCUCUGUCCUCGGAUUCAGUCCGUGUCUCCUGGGCCGACAACUCCAUGACCAAGAACCAGAAGGCGUCUGAGGUCCGGUACUACUCUGUGAAGUGGAAGACUAGCUACUCUACCAGUGGGAAGUACAAGUCUGCAGACACCACGGCACUCAGCCACACCGUCACCGGCCUCAAACCAAACACCAUGUACGAAUUUGCUGUCAUGGUAACCAAAGGACGCAAGUCCAGCACAUGGAGUAUGACGGCACACGCCACAACGUAUGAAGCAGCUCCAAGCUCCGCCCCAAAAGACUUGACAGUGAUCAGUCGUGAGGGACGACCCCGCGCCAUUUUAAUCAGCUGGCAACCGCCGAUGGAGGCUAAUGGACGAAUCACAGGUUACAUCCUGUACUACACGCUGGAUAAGAACAUGCCGAUAGAUGACUGGGUGAUGGAGGCGAUCAGCGGCGACCGGCUGACCCAUCAGGUCGUCGAUCUGAACCUCGACACAGUUUAUUACUUCAGGAUUCAGGCCAAGAACGCCAAAGGAGUGGGCCCGUUGUCUGAGCCUGUCCACUUCAGGACCGCCAAAGUGGAACAUCCAGACAAGAUGGCCAAUGAUCAAGGUCGUGGAGGAGACCAUGCCUACUGGCCAUCUGACACCAACCUCAUUGACAAGAGCAGCAUCAACGAGUCUCCCAUUGGUCAGAUGCGUCCACCUCACGGCAGUGCCACACCUCAAAAGAACAGUAACCUCCUGGUCAUCAUAGUGGUUUCCGUGGGAGCCGUCAGCGUGGUUGUGGUUGUGAUUGUGGCUCUCAUCUGCACCCGGCGCUCCUCCGCCCAGCAGAGGAAGAAGAGAGCAAGCCACAGUGCCAGUAAGAGGAAGGGCAGCCAGAAGGACCUGCGACCUCCUGACCUCUGGAUCCAUCACGAGGAAAUGGAGAUGAAAAACAUGGAGAAAGCUCCCAGUGUCGCCCCAUCUGGACGUGACUCACCCAUCCAGUCCUGCCAGGACCUCCCCCAGGUUGCACACAGCCAAUCAGAGAGCCAGAUUGGCAGCAAGAGCAGCCACUCUGGAGCCGAUGGUGACGAGGCCUCCAGCAGCAUCUCCACCCUGGAGCGCUCCCUGGCUGCCAGGAGGGGGACACGAGGCAAAAUGAUGAUUCCUAUGGAUUCACAACCAAGCAACACACCGGUGGUCAGUGCCAUCCCGGUGCCAGCACUGGACUCCUCUCAGUAUCCUGGUAUUCUGCCUUCACCUUCCUGCAGCUUCACACACAACAAGUUCAGCCUGAGGCCAAUGCCUUUCCCCAGCCUGACCGUGGACAGAGGAUACACACCAGUGAUGCCCACAGACACCUCCACCAAUCCUCUCCUCCAGCAGCAGCCUCCACCACAGCAGGCCCCUCCCCUCCUUCCUGGCUCAUCUGCUCAGCCCGUGGAGCAUGUUCCUGGGGUUGGCCCGGUCCCAGGUGCUCCUGCGGCUGCUGCAGCCGUCACUGAGGAGGCCCAGGCAGGGGGGGGUCGGACCAUCCCGACAGCCUGUGUACGGCCCAGCCACCCACUACGAAGUUUCACCAACCCACUGCUGCCACCACCCAUGGGGACUAUCGACCCCAAGGUUUACACCUCCAUGAUGCCGCAGUCCAGUGCAAGCCUCCCUAAGCCACAGGUGAAGACAGCCUCUUUGGGUCAGGCUGGUAAGGCUCGUUCCCCUUUGCUGCCCGUCUCGGUCCCUACAGCACCGGACUUACCAGAGGAGGGUGGAACGAAACCUGCCGAGGACUCAGCUGCCAACGUUUACGAGCAGGAUGACCUGUCAGAGCAGAUGGCCAGUCUAGAAGGACUGAUGAAGCAGCUCAAUGCCAUUACUGGCUCCGCCUUCUAACCUCUGACCCCGGUCCAGCCCAGCCCUCAGCCACAGUCCAGUCUAGAACCCUUCUUCAAGCCUUGAUGUCAGUCGAUGUCCAUUUGCCACAGGUAGCAACAGGUCAAUCUGGGCUUGAAGACGCCUCUGUGGAACAUCCCUCUGUGCUGGGUUGAGUUUGUUUGGUUUUUACUGGUCUUGGCUGGUUUCUACUGUUUGGGAUGGGGAUUGGACAGAAGGGCAUGAAACGGAGGGUAAACACUACCGCAGCACAGCAUCAACAAAAAGAACAGGAAAAGGGUUGAGGGGCUUCUUUAGGAGUUUAAAGUUGAAACCCCUUUAGACCUUUCAACCUCAAACAAAAAACUAGAAAAACCCAAUGCCUACCGCCUCAACAUAAUGAAACAGGAGGAAAGGAUUAUCACAAAAAAAAAGAAGACAAAGUUAAGAGCCCUCCUGUUUCUCUUCUUGGUAUUUAUUAACGUCCUCCGCUGAGUUCUCAACAACUCAGUUACUGUGACUGUACCUCACUUAUUUUUCAUGAUUACUGUUGAAAGUAUUCCUUUUUUUUCCCUUUUUUGGGUGGGGGGGGGGGGUUCAACUUUUUGCAGUUACAGGAUGUGUACCUGGUUUGAAAAUGCUACCAGAACCAGUAAGACAUAGAAAACAUCCUCGGCCACCAAAGUUUCACCAAACUUUCUUUUUCUCUCCUUGGUCUGAGGACACCUGUUGUGGUGACACAAUGUGAUCCUAUCUUUCCUCAGUAUCUCUUUCUUUGCCUCUUGAAUGACACUAUGAUUUCACUGAACCCACCAUCACCCAUCAUCCAUGCAGCCUUACCACCUCUGGAUCCUGAGGUUUCAAUAAAUAUAAAAUGAUUAAAAAUGUGAUUUUGGCCAGACAGAAAAACAUGUAACAAUAUGCUAAGACUGGUCUGAAUCAUCUGGAUCUGGAUCCAACUUACUCUAGUCUUAAAGGACUGUAUAGAAAACGCUAUAGACUCCCACAGUCUGUCGCUGCUCUUGACCAAGCCUUUACUCUCCCUAACCUAGACAAACUCCAGUCUUUACCUACAAGGAUGUGUAACGUUGCCAAAUUCUCAUCUUGGAAAGCUUAUUGUAACUUCCUUUGUUAUUGGUCCUUGUUCUAAUCUGUUUCAGUCCCAACCAUGGACUGGACAUCAGUGAACAGCUGAUGAUUUGUAUAGAACAAAAGAAAUCUGGAUUUGGAUGGGUAGAACCCAUAUUAUCCUGUCCAAAUGAAGGUUGGUUUUGGAUGGUAUGCGGUAAUUGGUCUUUUUGAGAAACAUGUUUGAAUUCAGUCUGAGCACCUCGGUCACAGGUCACCAUGUUGCACUGUAUGUACAUCACACAGCGCGUGGUCCCCCCCUGCUGGUUGGACAACUAGGAAGUACUAAAGUGAGACUGUAACAUUUUGGAUACAAAAGGUUAUGGUAAAAACAAUUAUGAGCACCGUCAAAACACAAUGUUAUCUUAGGAAAGAGAUAAUGACGACAUCAUCACAAGACAGUGUAAUUAUCAGUUGACACUGUUAUAUCUUGAUCAAAUAAAAGUUAGAUAAAGUCUCAGAUAAAAAGUUUCAAAAACAUCAUCUUGUUUUAUUGAGAAAACAGUUUGUUAUCUUAAUAUAAAAAGAAUCAUGACUCUUAACAUUCACGGUAUAUAAAAUGCACCUGGCUGGAAUCUGUUUAAAUACAAUAUAACAUACAGCUAUGGAAAUGUGCCAUUACUGUUAUUUGUGAAGGAGGUGUUACAGCAACAGAAUCAAGUAUCAGUAUUAUUAUUAUUAUUAUUAUUAUUAUUAUUAGCAUUAUUAUUAUUAUUAUUAUAAAUGCUAGUGGGGUGUGUUGUUUAUUUUUUCACUUGGUGCAGUGUCAGUAUGUGUUUGACUGAAGGGCCUCCAUAUUUAUUUUCAUGAGAUAAACACACCUGUACCUCUAUCAACCUUGAUCACAUGGGAAAAUAGCAAAAACCACAAGCUUCACUUCAAGUUGACUUCAGGUGGUUCCAUUUUUAUACAAAAAUAAGAGGGAAGAAAAACAAAACACAAAUAAUGCAUAAGCCACAAAGUAUAUUUUUACAUCCACUGUCAGAACUGUGUUUUCUUUCUUCUUUUAAUCAGGCUUUUCCACAGAGAACUAUUUCAAAUGUCACAAACCACCAUGAAAAUUUGUACAUACAGCCCACAGUAGAACACAGUUAAACACAGGUAUCUAGAGAAUUCUUUUGUGCCAUAUUUAUUUGUAUUAUAAGCAGGCUUUAAAGAGUGGAAUGAGGGAAUCGAACCAGCAGGGUUUUGGUUUCAGGUUGAGGUCAGUGAGGACGUGGAUGCACAGAGCAGCACCUUUCAGUUCUUUAAAACAACUACAUUAGUAUCACAAGCAAGAAAGAAAAAUGUGAUGUAGAGAAUUAAAGUGAGAUUAAAUGGGUUGGUAAAGGAUCUUUUUUUGUUACUCUGUGAAAAUUCAUUAGUUCAACAAGGCAGAUGAGCUACCCUCUAAAUUGGUGUGUUCUUGAGCUUUUUCCUUGUUCUAAGGAGAAAAUGUGAUUUGAUGCAAUGCCUGUGCAGAAAGAAGGCAAGGACUUAAAAUGACAAAUGAUUCAUUGAUUAGCUGAAGGAAAAGAAUAAAAUGCCUUCAGUAUGCUCCAUAUUUGACUGUGUAACCUCAGUCACUACAGUGCAAUUUACAUACCUUUAUCUUUGUGUGAAGAAAAGGAAAAGCCUGCGGGAGGCAGAGAGCGGCAGCAGAGACGGUGAAUUGAUCUUCAGAGUUUGUACAUGUGAGCGAGGGCACGGAGGACUGAGGCCGGGAAUUCAUUAUAACGCCGUUUCAAAUUCAAGCUCACGCUCACUGGGCUAUUACAGUGGCGGGAAAAGUCCUAGGGACGGAGGGGAUGGAAAGGUAAUGUCUCUGCAGAACGAGUGUGGGGAUGAAAGGUGGACGAAUGCCGGCAGGCGGGCGGUGUGGGGCUCAGUCUCAUCAGUCUGUUCUGGGAUAUACAUCCAGUCUGAGCCAAGAGCGUUCAUUCUGCUCUGACUCGCUCUUCUCCUCCUGUUUCAGAGCAGAUGAACAACCCAGCGCUGAAAAUCUGAUUGUAACAAUAAAUGCUAAAUUAAAUGAUCUGUUGACACAAGAAAUUUCUUCUGUUCAGUGUCACAACAGGGAAGAGAGAUGAAAGCAGAGGGGAUUAUUAAACUUGAAUGGGAUUUUGCACAUUUUAGCCUGUUAAAUAUAAAUUACAUUAAAUAUCAGUAGUGCUGAUCGUUUUCCAAGUUAUCCAUCAGCUCUUCAUUCGAUUUCCUUCCUUCCAGGCAGCUAUUCAUUUAGUUCAAUUCUAUGUAAAUAAAACUGCUGACACUUGAAACUUGCUUCCAGACAUCUGAAUCACUCUACACGUUUCUUAGCUUUGUGAGCACAGUUAAGAAAGGAGAAGUCACCUACCUGAGCCAGAGCCACUAAACCAGAGACUAAACCAGAAUUUCAAGCUACUUCACACUUUCUGCAGCGAGUUAAUCCAUCACAGUCAAAAUGUACAUGUAUCUGUGUGAUAUCAUGUGUCCAGCGGACAGAUCAGACUAUUUCAGAAACUGUGGCAGAUGCUCUGACACCUGAGAUGUGAAAGUUACCUGUUGAACCAAUGGAGCUGGAAACAGCAUCAUUUAUAACACUGGCCUCCUCCAGCAAAAGAGCUUGUCAGCAUUUGGACUACAAAUCCAACCAGGUUUCCAGAUUCUCGUCCACCUGUUUUUAUGCACAUUUUUAAUUGGGAAAUGUGAAUGCCGAUAAAAUAAAAAAAGUUCAAAUGUUGAAUGACGUUUCAAAACAAGUUUAUGCUCGGCUCAGGUGGAAAAGUUUGUAUAUUGAUAAAAAAUAAAAUGCAACAAAGUGCAAUGGAAAUACAUUUAGUAAUCAUAUCAUAAUGUACAUGAGUCAUGUUUCUGCUCAGCCCAGAGAUGACAACAGACAAAAACUUCAGAUCUGUGUGGAGCGAUGAAGAGACUGUAACCUUCCUUAUAUUAAUGAAAUACACAGAACUGUCAUAUCUCCAUCAUGUUUUCCACAUGGCUUUUCUUUUUAAUAUAGGAGCUCUGUUAAUUACAUCAACAUUGUACCCUUUCCUCUGUUUAAUGGUUUAAUGGCAUCCAACUGGAGAAUUAGGGGAACCAAUUAGCACCCAGUUCAUAACAUGUACAUAACAGUAGUGGAGGGAAACACAUUAUUUCACAUUGAUGACUGUACAUGUUGACUGUGAUGGACCACACUGUUCCUACUGAGCCCUGAGUCAGGCUGGUUGGGGUUCUGCUGACAGGUUACCCACGCAUGCUCUGUAUGCGGACUGAAAUUAAUGUUUGCACAUUGUGUUCACAUAGGUACUUUUUGAACCAGGUCCAAAAUUUUGCAUCCACAAAGAUCUUUAGUAUCAAGUCUCUGCAAAUGUGAUUUUCAUGUGAUUUGGCUGCAUGGAAGGAAGGAAAUGAAUCUAAAAACAAGCAGCAGGUCUGGAAAGUUCAAAGGAUUUAUAUGAGGUGAACUAAAACAGGGAACAGCAUCAAUAUGGUCCUUUGAUUCUUUUGUUUACAUGAGACAUUUGAUGACAGUGACGAUCAGGCUACACUGUCUAAAAACAUUUUCAAGCAGUGCAGUCACAGUUAAUGGGCUGAUUAAAUCUGCUCACUCUAAGGAUCCUGAUGAUCUUAGUUGAGGUUUGAGUUUGUAAUUGGCUGCUCACCUUUCAUUAGCUGAGAAAGACAUUAAGAUGCACCUUCUGACAUUCCCUGCAUCAGACAUGUUAUUCAUCAUAAUUCAUUUACCCUUAUGAGCUUCUCUUUAUUAAGUCAUCUUAUUUGUAGGCUUUGUGAAAUGUUAAAAUGUGCUCUGUGUUAUGUUAAUUUGUUUCUGCUACACAGCCGACACACAGGGAACAUAUGGAACGUCUGCUCAGCUGAGGGCUUUUCCCAGACUUGAAAGAGAACUGGUUGUGUUACUUCAUUGGCACAGAUGCAGCGUUUCAGCAGCUGUCUGCAAACAGAGACACAUAAGAUGUGUCAAAUCUAGUGAAUCUAGGGAUCGUCGUGUACCUGAGACAUUUCACUACACCGCCAGCCUGUCUGUCAAAAGUGUCUGGUCCAGUGACUAAAUCCUCAACUGGCUCACUCAGAGACUCACACAGCAACAACAUAUUCAUCCCGCCAGGUCUCUUAGUCUCCCAUUCAACCCAAAGGAUGGUGAGUGAGAUCAUCUCACAUAUACUCAGUAAAUUCUAAAAUGUGUCUAAAUAACUUUAAAUGAGACAGAAUAAGAAAAUAAAGAAAAAGAAAAUUCAUUGUCAAUAACGUUUGAUUUGUAUGGAAAGACAUAAACUAUAGCCAGAUGUUAUUGCUCAUUUGGAGAAAAUAAGUCAUUUUUUUGCAAUGGCAGGGAAAUGAUUAUCCACAAAAGCAACUGAAGCAUAUUCUGGAUUUAAGUUUCUAUGUAGGCAUGCAUGAGGUUGUAUCCGUGUCACUGAUCAGACAGUAACAUUGACUUCUGAACUCAAAGUCUAAAGUUGAGUGCAAGUUGAUUUUCACAAAAAGCGACCAAUACCAGUGUUGUGCAGGAACGUGUUCAAUUCAUAUUAUUUGUGAAUGCUGAACUGAACGAAUCAGUUUACAAAUGAUGAACGUGAACGUGAACGUGAACAUGGCGCCGCAUGACGUUUCGAUAGCCUAGUUAGCUUGGCUGGUGCUAGCGGCACAGACGGUACAGUGCAAACUGCCGAAGCCAGUUUGUUUGAGCAUUUGAAGCAGUUUUAUGAACAAACAAGUGAAGACUCAGACGGAUUAUAUUUAUAUACAGAUUUUAAAUGUAACUCAUGUCUGUGAUUCUUCAGUGGUAUACAAGAAUUUAGUUUGGGAGUGGCAAUGAUUUGGGGCUGGUGAUGGAUGGGUAGGGGGAGGGUCUAUUGAAAGAGACCAGCGGACUAUUUAUUUAAAAAAAAACGGAACAAAUGAACGUGAACUAGUUAAUUUUUGGAACUGUGAACUUAGUUCAAAAUAAAAAAAAUGAACUAAGAAUGUGAACUAGUUCAUUUUCAUCUGUAUGAAUUGAACUUUGAACUAGUUCUUUUUUAGUGUGAACUGGCACAACACUGACCAUCACCACCACCUGCACUUGACAAGAAACCACGUUCAGAGAAAAAGUACAAACGGCAUUGAUCCUAGAACAGAAAGAGAACUAACAGCCUCCUAAAAUGAAAAAUCCUCCCUGAAACAAAAUGUUAUCAAACAACUUCAACAUUCACUGCAACUAAACUACAAAACAUCCAGGUUCAUGUACAAACCCAACAUGUGCUCAUUUAUAAAGGAAACUAUAAGGGAACCAUUAGGAACUAAAAGGACCUUGUUUAAUGUUUUUGUUUUUUUGUUAGACACUGAAUCCUGAACCAAACCUUUCAUCUCUAUGUCAAUACAAGAUUUUUAAUUUAAGCCAGAUGUUAGUGUUUUUUUUUUUUCUUUGGCUCUACAUGUGUAUUUUACUGUGGAGGAAAGCAUUGCUGCAGCAGAACUACAUUACUGAAAACUGCUUUUUUACAAUGUACAGUACCACUAGAGUAGUAGUAACUUUUUAUAAUCAAAUUUAAUAUAUUAUUAUGAUUAUUAUUAUUAUUACUUUAUUUCGAGUGCUCUUCUAUUAUUUAUAACCAUGUGAUGAUAUUUCUGCAGAUGUAAAUUUAGUUUAGCAAAGAACAAAAUGAAAAGAGGACUGAAGCGCCGUUGAGAGUUUUUGUUUCUUCUUUUAGUUGAUGCCUUAAAAGGUUACAGUAUUUUUUUAAUAAUAUGGUAGAACAGUUAUUUAUAUUUCUUAAUAAAACAUUUAGUUCACAUAUGAAUGGUUUGCCACCAUAUCGGGUCUCUGAGGACACACAGUCCCCACCUUCAUGUUUUUAGUCUAACAUCUGUAGAUUGAUCUCAUCUAUGCAGAACCUGUACAUAGUGACAGACAUGUCCCCAGAGUCUGUGAUGUUUUCAUGACAGUUUCGCAUUUAAUAAGCCAACCUCCAUCUGGAGCCAGGAAAUCCUAAUCUGGGCACAGAGGGCGGAGUCUGGGUGGGACUGAUGUGUUUAAGAUAGAAAAUCCAUCCCUGUCAACUUUUGGCAAAGGUAGCGCAACUGACAGCAGUGACUGUUUUGCAAACUGUUGUGCAAACUGUUUUGUUGCGUUCAUUGAUGCUCCGACAUUAGAAAUGAGGUCUGCUGAAAGCAGGAGUUCAUAAUAUCUUUUAUAUAGUGACCAUGUGUCUUUAUUCAUCUUCUGACAAUGUCACAGUUUGUCAUAUAAAUGCUUUAAGGUUUUCUUGUUUGUUUGUUUGUUUGUUUGUUGAAAAUGGGUAGGUUAUAAUGAGUGCCAUCUGAGCAUCAUUGAAUGCAGCACCAAGAGCUUUUUAAAAUAAUCCCUGCUCUCAACUGCUUUACCACACAAUGACAAACCGUCUUUGGUACAAACUGAUGCUACUGUUGAAAAUGCUCCUCGCAGAAGUAUAGUUAAUAUGAUUUGCAGUUAAUGGACUUAUACCUGCAGGGACGCACCAUGAUGGUCCUUUAAAAACACCUCAUCCUCUAUCUGCAAAGACUCUAGUCCUUGUGAGCUUGUCCUGUGGUGACUGUGUGAAACUCAGAAACCGGAACCCAACCUGAUAAAGUGGAAACUGGGGAGACUUAGCUCCUGCAUUUCAAAGGGAAACUCGACUUCAUUAACUUCUUUUUCUUUGGGCGCUUUACUCCUGUGUGGGAACCACUGAUGAUCAAAAAAGGGACAAAUUACAUGGUAAAAAAAAAAAAAAAAAAAAACUGAAGUGAGGUUGGUCAGGGAUGUGCUGACUUUGAACGUGUCCUGAUGUUGGUGUGAAAUCGACUCUGUCAGCUCCGGGCCUAACAAAAAGAAAAUAAUGGUGUAGAAAAAAAUGUAAAAUGAUUUGGACCUCAUCUCAUCAGGGUGAAAAGGGCCAAAUUAAAACAGCCCUUAUCUCCUCUCACACAGACAAUUACUUCAUUUCCAGAACAUCAUUGUUCGACAGAGGAUCCGACAGACGGACAGCUCGGAAUAAAAACAGUUUGACUUCAUCCUUUAAAAAAUGUCCCGUCUGACAGUCGUUAUAACCAAAUUAGCAAAGUGACUGCAGUAUUUUAGUAUACAUUUGGUUCAUUUGAGUGAUGGGGAGAAAAGGUGAUGAUGGGGAUGAUGGUGAUGGUGAUGAUGAAGAUGAAGAUGAUUAUGACGAUGUAUCUCAGAUGAAGUAAAGCGAAGUUUCUAUCCACAAUGUUGUAUACAAUUGCUGGUUUUGUAAUGCACUGUAGAACAGUCCCAUGGUCCCUUUUUAUAGAAAUGUUAUUUCAAUUGUGCAUUCUUUUUCUUUGAUAAAUAAAGUUUUGAUACAAAA